AUGUGGGGUGUUUUAAGAUCUCGUUCGAUAUCGAGUACAAAACUCAUAACAAGAAACGGGAUAUUCUCAAAUCAGUUAAGACUAAUAGUAAAUAAUGGUGGAAAACAAUUACCCUAUAAACUCCAGACCAUCCAAACUAAUAGAUAUCUUCAUAUAUCAAAUAUUCUAAGAAACAAUAAAAAACCUUCAAAUGGAAGAGACGCUACAGAUGAAGAUAUGCGUAUAAUUAAAGAAGAAAUUGAAAAAUAUAUAAAGAGUACUAAUAUAAAUAAAGAUAUGGAUCUCUCUGAGAAAAAAAAAAUUAUUCAAGAAGGAAUUAAAAAAUUAGAAUCCACUAUUGAGAGACAACAAGUUCGACAAAAACAAGAAGAACAAAAAGAACAAAAAGAACAAGAACAAGAAGAACAAGAACAACCGAAUAAGAAUGAAAGUUCAAAAUCAAAUAAAAAUGAUACCACGGCUAAUGGAAAUAAUGGUGGUGGAAAUAAGAAUAAUGUAAAUAUGAAUAAUUUCUUUGGUGAAGGUCCCAACGGUACACCCCCUGUUAAGACUAUCAAUUUCUUCCAAUUGGCCGUAUUUUUCUUUUUAUUAUCUCUAUUGAUGGAUAUGUUUGCAGCUAAGGAAGCAUCCAAUGAGAUCACUUGGCAAGAAUUUCAUAAUAACUUCUUAGCUAAGGGAUAUGUGUCUAAAUUAGUUAUUGUGAACAAAUCUUUAGUGAGAGUAAUGCUAAACGAUAGUGGUAAAUCACAUGCUGACCGUAAUGGCGCAGAUUAUUAUUACUUUACAGUCGGUUCAAUUGAAAAUUUUGAACGUAAACUUCAAAAGGCUCAAGAUGAAUUAGAAAUAGAUGAUUCCUUUAGGGUUCCAAUUAUUUAUGUCCAAGAAGGAAACUGGUCACAUACGUUAUUCCAAGUGUUACCAACUGUAUUAAUGAUAGCCGGUAUUAUUUGGUUAACAAGCAGAUCUGCACAGGCUGCAGGUGGUUCUCGUAAUGGGAUUUUUGGAAUGAGUAAAUCAAAGGCUCAGAAAUUUAACACUGAAACAAAUGUAAAAAUUUCUUUUAAGGAUGUAGCUGGUUGUGAUGAAGCCAAAGAAGAAAUUAUGGAAUUUGUCAGUUUCUUAAAGGAACCAUCUCGUUACGAAAAUAUGGGUGCUAAGAUCCCAAGAGGUGCCAUCUUGUCUGGUCCACCAGGUACAGGUAAGACCCUUCUAGCCAAAGCUACUGCAGGUGAAGCAGGCGUCCCAUUUUAUUUUGUAUCUGGUUCUGAAUUCGUAGAAAUGUUUGUCGGUGUUGGUGCUGCCAGAGUUCGUGAUUUAUUUAAAACUGCCAGAGAAAAUGCUCCAUCUAUUGUCUUUAUUGAUGAAAUUGAUGCUAUUGGUAAAGCUAGACAAAAGGGAAAUUUCAGUGGUGCAAAUGAUGAAAGAGAAAAUACUUUGAAUCAAAUGCUUGUUGAGAUGGAUGGUUUCACUCCAGCUGACCAUGUUGUGGUUUUAGCUGGUACUAACAGACCUGAUAUUCUAGAUAAAGCUUUAUUAAGACCAGGUAGAUUUGAUAGACAUAUCAAUAUUGACAAACCUGAAUUGGAAGGUAGAAAAGCUAUCUUCGCUGUUCAUUUGGCCAAAUUGAAAUUAGCAAGUGGUGUGUAUGAUUUGAAAAACAGAUUAGCCGCAUUGACUCCAGGGUUUUCUGGUGCCGACAUUGCAAAUGUAUGUAAUGAGGCUGCAUUAAUUGCCGCUAGAGGUGAUGAAACUGCUGUACAACUAAAGGAUUUUGAACAAGCUAUCGAGAGAGUUAUCGGAGGUGUCGAAAGGAAAUCAAAGCUAUUAUCUGCUGAAGAAAAGAAAGUUGUUGCAUAUCAUGAAGCAGGCCAUGCCGUCUGUGGUUGGUAUUUAAAAUAUGCUGAUCCAUUAUUAAAGGUAAGUAUUAUUCCUAGAGGUCAAGGUGCCUUAGGUUAUGCUCAAUAUUUACCUGGUGAUAUUUUCUUAUUAAGUGAACAACAAUUGAGAGAUAGAAUGACUAUGACAUUAGGUGGUAGAGUCUCAGAAGAGAUACAUUUUUCUUCCGUUACAAGUGGUGCAUCUGAUGAUUUUAAGAAAGUUACAAAUAUGGCUACUGCAAUGGUUACACAACUUGGUAUGAGCCCCAAAAUCGGAUGGAUCAAUUUCCAAAAGAAGGAUGAUAGUGAUAUGACUAAACCAUGGUCUGAAGAGACUGGUGAUAUAAUUGACUCAGAAGUAUUUAGAAUUAUUCAAGAAUGUCGAGACAGAUGUGCCAAAUUAUUAACUGAGAAAGCUGAGGAUGUGGAAAAGAUUGCUCAAUUACUAUUACGUAAAGAAGUUUUAACCAGAGAAGAUAUGAUUAAUCUCUUAGGUAAACGUCCAUUCCCAGAAAGAAAUGAUGCAUUUGAUAAAUAUUUAAAUGACAAGGAUUCUAAACCUGCAGAUCCUAAGAAACCAGAUAACGAACCAAGCACAGCUGCAUGA